AUGGCACCACUACCAUCUUCCUCUUCUCCGUGUCCCAAACGAGGCCAUCGAUCUAUGUCUGGCAAGAGCGUCGUUAUAAGCAUCCUUGGAGGUGCAGGUAAAGGAAAAGGUCCCGGUGCGCGGGGAAUUGGAGGUCCUCAUUUGAGGAGACACCGCAAGCUUCCGAAAGAUAAUAUCUACGGCAUCACCAAAGGUGAUAUUCGUCGUUUUGCUCGUAGAGGUGGCGUGAUGCGUAUUUCAGCUUCGAUCUACCAAGAUGUUCGUGAGGCUAUCAAGGCUCGCUUGGCGACUGUUCUGCGCGAUUGCGCUACUAUCGUCGAGCACGCAAAGCGCAAGACUCUCACUGUGAAUGACGUUAUCUGGGCCCUUCGACGACAAGGGAAGCCAAUUUAUGGUUUUGAUUACAUUAAUAAUAAAUGA